GCCUCCGAACGGGAAGCCCAGCAGUAGGGAGGAAAAACCCUAGUACUCAAAAUUCCAUUCCACAAACUCCCUCCCUUCUCUGCCGCCAAGAACGCCGCCUCCGCCUCAUCCGCCGCCGCCGCCUCCCCUCCACCAGCGCCAGCCACCGCCUCCAUUCCCCCACUACCGCCGCCGCCGCCGCCGCUUCCCAUCCCUGCAAAUUACAUCGCCCCUCUCGACCGUUGUACGGCGCGCUGUCCAGAUCCGCCGCCCAGCCUCCAGAUCUGCCGCCACGUGCCCCUGCCCCUGCCCCGCUACAAGAUCCGGCGGCACGCACUCUCUCCCUGCAAGAUCCGGCAAGGACAUCGAGGGACUCUUCAUCUUAGUUUUGCGGUCAGCACUUUUGAGAGGAACCAGAUGGGACUCUAGUUUUGUUGUAGAGAGGAAUCCUUUACUUUUUGAUAGAGAAGGUUAUAUGAAACUUUUUGACAUUUACAAUUGCCAAGUUGAUUUCGAUACAAGUUUGAAUCUGUAGUCUGCUACUUGAAAGUGACAAUGCCUGGUGCUGCUUGCAAAAAGACUAACCUGAUUUCUCCUAGGCGAUCUCCUAGGCUCAAGAAUAUCCAUGUUAUAUAUGGUGAACAUUCUGAAACGAACUAUCCUACCUUGGGGCCUGUCAAAACUGAGGUCAUCGAUCUUGAAGAAAUUGCAUCUCCUUCCAACCCAGAAUUUAAUGAUGAUUCUGUUGGUGACGAAGACUUUCAGAAUGUGUCUCUGAAGGAUUUAAGAGCUCAGUGUAAAGCUAAGAACAGGAGGGCCUUGAAAGUUGAUUCUGAAAGACCUGACUUUAAGAAUCAGAGACAAUGUGGAAAGAGAAACCUUGAAGAUGAAGUACCAAAAGAGGAAGUUGAUCUUGAUGAGCCCAUUAUUGCAUUCAGACAGAAGCGGCAGAAGACAUCCCCUACCAAAUCAAACAGAACAAUGGGCAAACCAAUAUCUCUAAAUGCUGUAAAACUGCAAGAUACAACAUUGAGGAGAGAGGAGACUGAGCCUAUAAAAUUACCCCCACUUGAGGUAACAUCACAUGACUCUAUGUCAACUGCAGAGAAGAUGGAAAGGAGUGCUGCAGAUGUAAAACACUCCACAAUUGCUGCUGGUAAUACUGAAGAAAUAGUUGGGGAGAACAUUUUAUAUGCUGAAAUGGAAAACACACCAUUAUCAACUGGUGCUGUAAUAAGUGGUAGAAGCCCAGACAUAUUUUGCGAAAUCAAGACUGAGGAUGAGGAUAUUUACUCUGAUGAGCAAGUUGGAGUAUCUAGUCCAGGAAAGGACUCCUUUCAGGACUCAUUUGCUGAGUUGCAUAGGGAGCCAAUAGAGUAUGAUGGAUGUCAACAACACAGUGGUGUCAUCCCUCAACCGAUUGAACUAAAGGAUGUUUCUGAUGAUUCCUGUGAGCUAGCUAACAGUAUCAAAGCAUACUGUUUGGAUGACAUUAUACUGCAAAACAAGACAAAUGACAGUCUUUCUUCAUUGGAUAUCACUGAUGAAAUGAGCAACUGCCAUAAAACAUCAGGCAAUAUAACAAAUUUAGAUGAAGACAAGUCUUCAGUUGUCAAUGAUUAUUUGGUAUGUUCUGUUAAUAUGUCUUGUGAAGAUCAUAUAGACAUUGAUGAAUACUGGUAUCCACGAGAUCUACAUGGCAGUACACUGGAAAGCACAAAGACUAUAGAAAGUUCUACUGAUCAGUGUAACGCAGAGGUGGGGUCUCCAUCCGUGGUCAUCCAAUCUGAUUUAUGUGGAAGUGCAGAAAGCAACUUCACGUCGCUUGCAGAGGUUGUGCAGAUGAAGGCAGAUGGUCAAUUUGAUUCACUAGUUCAGCACAGUGUUGGAACAAAGGAUGUAUUACCUAUUGAUGUUGGACAUGCAACUAUCGAUUGCACUUUUGCUUUUAACAAGACUCUUGACUCAGUGAAAGCUGCCAAUUUUACCACACAAGAUGGACGGCUAGAAAGUAUAGUAUAUGAUGCUCUGAAUAAUCAUGCACAGAGGAAGAGUACUGAAACUGAAACUCCUGUUGGUGUCUCAGGUGCUGCCAUCAUUUCAAGCCCAUUCGUAAGUGAGGGCACUGACAGAGAACCCACUGGAUCCAAAGCUCCACAUGGUGGUCAGCUCUUACUUCCUUGUGUUACAGAGUGGUUAUCAAAGGAUACAGAUCAGUUAAAGGUUACAGUGGAUGAUGACAUCUGUAAAACUAACAGUGAUCAAGGAUCAAGAGAACAAUUUGGCCUUCAGCCGCAGUUAUUACAAUCUUGUUCUGACUUGGACAAAGUUUGUGUAACAUCAGAGAGCUCGAGUCCUGAAGAAACACAGGAAAUGCCUGCUGGGUCUUUGGAUUCAACUGCAGCCUCUCUCGAUACUGAUGGACAAAGUGAAAAGUUACAACCUUUCAUUGAUGAAGGAGCUCUUGAAGAGCAUGCUCCAAAAAAACUGCUGUCCAAGAGAAAGAUUAUGUCCCCGACUUCUCAGGAGAAGCUUUGCAGUGCUUUGACUGGUAUUGAUUUGUGCGGGGUCCAAAGGCUCAAGAGAAAGAUCCUUCUUGAAGAUUGUGGCAAGACGAGGAGACCCAAUGGCAGGAGUUCCCUCUCCCCUACAAGCAAAGGAAUUCUGAAGGGAACAGAAUCCCCAUCCCCCCAAAAGACUACUUGUACUUGCAUGAAAGCUGCUUCAGUUAUAUUGGACGCCGAGAAGGCUGUUGAGUUUUCACAAAGGCAAAUGCAUGAUAUAGAAAACAUUGCAUCCAAACUUAUGAGAAGCUUGAAUCACAUGAGAAGUAUAGUAGACGGAAAUUUGUUAUCAGAAUCACAUUCUUUGCUACCUACUUUCAACACUGCUGAGAUCAGAGCAGCCUCUGAGGAUGCAUUAGAGGUGGAGAGAACUACAAGGAAAUGGUUGACAAUAAUGAACAAAGAUUGCAAUCGCUUUUGUAAAAUACUGAGAUUAGCAGGGAAGAAGGCUGUUUCUCAUUCUGAAGUUCCAAGAAAACGAAAGAAGAUAACAUUUGCCGAUGAAACUGGAGGAAAGCUCUGUCAUGUUAAGAUGUUUACUGAUGGACAAAACUCUCUUCUUUCUGAAUGCCAUAGCGAGUAACAUCAUUUCUACUAGUUGCUAUCACGGACAUUGAUGAUAACAAUGUAAGCUUUCUGAUAAACAAGAGAUCAAACAAGCUGCUCGCAAUCGGAUUGUAGUGGAAGGAGAAUGCUUCCGUUCAUUGUAAGAUGUAGAUGCAACAAAAAACUAGUGUUUGUUAGCUGUAAAGCCUUGGAAUUUACUGGGAUUAGGCUGACAACAUUGCCAGCGCGAUAUUGUUUUCCUGUCCUAUUUGUUUGGAUGCAAAAGGUCAUGUAAUUCAUGUAAAGCAGCUUGGGAAUUGCUUGAUUUGAAGGUCACAUUGUAAUCUGUAAACAAGAAUUGACCUGCUGUAAUAUGAUUAUUGUUGUCCUCUUAUUCCA